GCACCUGCCGAGGCGAAGAAGGAACGCCGGAGAACUCAGAUGCUUUGCUUUUGUGAACUGGUCUGUCAGACAAGCGACGCAAGUUCUGUUGUAGCAAGUUUAUCACAAUUAAGUCUUGGAAUAAACCAAAAGGAAUGGAUUUGACGAUAUUCCACCUCUGCUGUUUAUUAAUUAGCACAAUCGCAGGUUCAGUCCAGAGCCUGGAGAUCACCUCCACAGGGCCCACGUCUAUAGAGAAGGCCAGCGGGCAGACUGUCAAGCUGGACUGUCAGUUCUCCCUGGCCCCUGAAGACUCCGGCCCCCUGGACAUAGAAUGGAGCCUUCUGGCCUCCGACAACCAGAAAGAAGACAAAGUGGUGAUCCUGUACUCGGGUGACCGGGCCUACGAGGACUACUACCCGGCCGUGAAGGGCCGCGCCCACUUCAACUCGGCCGACCCCAAGAACGGCGACGCCUCCAUCAACCUGACGGGCCUCAAGUCGUCCGACACGGGCACCUACCAGUGCAAGGUGAAGAAGGCUCCGGGCAUCCGCAGCCGCAAGAUGCUGCUCACCGUCAUGGCGUAUGAUCCCAGGUGA